ACAUGCGUUUCCAUCAAAUCACGUAGAUCCAAUCGUACUCGUGAGCUGCGUUUCCUCCGCCUCUCUCAUCCCUAGGCUUUUACCAUCAGAUUCUAACUGCAGAAUCCUCCUCACGCAAAUACUUCGUGAAUCUUUCUAGUCCCUGUAGAGAUCAACGAGGGGUGCCUGGGUGCGUCAGUCCCCUGGAGACUGUUGCUUCUGCGUGUGCGUCAAAGAGGUGACCGCCUGCGCCUCAGUCUUUAAAGUUGACCACAAAGCUAUCUAUACCGAUGACUACCUCCAGCAGGAAAACCAUCUCCAUGGUUUUUGGGGAUUCACUGUGGAGUCCAGACUGCGCACUCUCCAUGGGUGUGCACACUCGUGGAUUGAGAAAGUUUGUUAGGGCGACAGAGGUUUUUCUCCUGAACUUUUUCCUGGUUCUAGUCUUGCUUAGGAAGUGUACGGAUGCGCAUAGCACAAAGCCGCCCGACUUGCGAGUGCCCGUGCCACAUUUCGACAUAGAAGUGGUUUCAAAUGAUGUCUCAAACGGAUCGCACGCAGCGACACUCGGACAAAGAAGCCUUCCCAAUGCCGUCGCGUCCUUCCCUACAUAUCAAGCGCGUCGCCUACAAUGGGAAGAAGCACAGCCAGUUACGGCAGAGGAGGAGAAAGCCCUUUCACUUCUGUGGAGACCCCCACAGGGUGCGAGCUCAGAUGAGGCUCCCAUCAUCGUAGAACCCCUCUCAACGCCUGUGACACAGGAAGGGGAACAGAAGACUCCCUUGCAGAGCCUUCAGGGAAGCAGACCUCUACUGGAGGGAAAGCCUGAAUCUGCUCUACAACAGGUUGAGGGCGAUACACUGGGACACCCCAAGGAGCCGAGGUACCGUGCCGUUGGAGUCGCGUUCGGCGACUACGAACUCGCACAGGAAUUCAAACCAGAGGAGAACGAGGAGACUUCAUUGGACAUUGUGCAGCCAGGGGAUGAACGGAGACGAAGCACUACAACCACAACCACUGUAGAGCCUCUUCGGUUCCAUCAAUGCGCAGACGCUACAUCGAGAGGUUAUUCAAUGCCAUUUGUUUGUUGCACAGUCAGGAGCGGCGACUUCUUCGAUCCUCGGACCUGGCACUGCGGAAGAGUGCCAACCAACCUCGACGCCGUUUUCAUCCGUCAUUUUGUGCGUCUGCCAGCGGGGAACACGGCCUCUGUUCGUUUACGGGCAUUGUGGAUCAUCAAGAGCAUGGAACCGCAUCUUAAGUCGAGCGCGGGUGUGCUACGAAGUGGUGAAUUUCCCCACGGGAAAUGCCGCACAGACGCGAACGAGUAUGUCCCACCUUCAGCGACGGAGCUCCGUACCAUGCGAGAAACAUUUCGAGACCUCAUUCAUCAAACCCCUUCGCAAGCUUCCGUUUCUGACAUUUGCAGCAGCAUGAGGCAUCCACCUUUCGAACAGGAGUCAGACUUCGCCGCCAAUGCUGUGACGCUGGUAAUAAUAGAGGAUCCUCAAGCUGGCGUGCUAUCCGAACCUGCCAAGGCAAUCGCGCUGACGGGCGUGCAAAAAGAAGGGGCAGACUUACUCGGUGAAGACGGAGCGGCUGGAACUGACAUGCAAGGCACUAUUCAGAGUCGGGAGAUCCCAGUUUUCAACAACAUACCUAGCACAGGAGGCAGCGCGUCUCGUACAGCUGAUAGACCUCUUCAGUCACGUACUUCUGCCUCGGCUCCUCGAGAGACGGGUACCACAGGAACAACCGUCAGGGAGGAGCCGACGAGUGAAACAGCCAAUUCUUCACCAUCUCCCUUGAUUCCUUUUGGUUUUGGGCGAGCGCCACAACCCCCUACUGAAAUGGCCCUCUCUCGACUGCCGGCACCUACAAGCCCUUUACCUGUAAUGGGAAGGCCACGAGUUCUGGGUGAAUAUCGAAACGGCCUUCAUCGCCUACAAAGUUUCGCGGAACCGCUUACUCUUCGAGGGCCGGCGACCUUGCGGGUGGAGAAUGGUGGUGCUUUGCUUUUCCUCUCAAACGCGGCGCUGAUCACCAACGCUCACCUUCGCAACGACGGGACAUUCUUUAUCGGGGAGUCCGUCGCUUCUGACUGUCUCACCGAAGCACUUCGAAGCGGAGAACGCGAGAAACAGGCUUUAUGCAGAAUCCCUUCCCUUAUCACCAGUGGAUCGCUUCUCGCUCGCGAACCUAUUCAUGUUCACUGGCUGCAGCUAUCCCAGCGGUUGGGCCCGCACCACCCUGAAGACGUCGUGUGGUUUGGAAAAGUCGGUUAUCCUCCGGGGCUUCCGGGAGAUUCCUCAAGCACGCUGACAUUCUUUGGACACAACGAAGUCGCGAGAAUCCUUCCUGGCUUCAGCUUCUCGUUCAGAAGAAUAGGCUUACCGCCUUUCCCUGCACCACCCAGGAGACCUACCAAGACCACUCUUUUGAUCAAGAACUCGGCAGCGUCCAUAGAUCUGAUGAUUUAUGUUGACGUAUUUGAUGACGACGGCUUCAUCGACUGUUGUGAAAGGUUCUACGACAGGAACGUCGCGGUCUUCGAGAUUGCCGGUGUGAACGUCAAAUUUGGGCUAUUCUCUACUUUGCGGAAGGAUGUGGGGGAUGACUCAAAGAUCUCCGAACAAAUUGUUAUUCGUGCAAACAGAAUAACAACUGAGGAGGUCUUUUCAGGCGUCCCAGCCGUUAUUGCUAGGGAGGACGCCAUCAUGGUAAGAUGGAUCAAGGCGAACUAG